AUGAAUGAUAGUUUAAUAAAAGCAUAUACUUUAAUGGCUCUUGGUCAAUAUACCAAUGCUAUAAAAUAUUUCAAAUCAUAUAUGAACGAAGAACCAAAUAUUCCAUUAAGCAAAGAAGCAUUUAAACUCUUAUCGAAAGCCUACAAUAAAUUGACAAAUUAUAAUCGUAAUUAUAUACGUGAACUAGAAGCGUAUUUGGAAUCACUCAGAGACAGCGAUCAGGAACGCAUCGUAGCCAUCACUUCAUUGUUGGAUGAAACUAGAAAAGAUUUAAUUGUCAUUUGUACCGAAGUCGUUAAUAUAAUAAAUAACAAUUUGCUCAAAAACGUUGUAGAAAUACGAGAAAAAGUGUUAAUUUAUAACAUGAAAGGAGAUUAUUGUCGGUAUAUAUGGGAAGUAAAUAACAGCGAUGAAAUUUGCAAAGAAGCAACUAAAGCAUACAAUGAAGCUAUGGGUAUAUGUCAAUGGAAUUUUAAAUCAACAGACCCAUACUUACUACAAGUCACAUUAAACUUCACGACACACUUGAACAACACCAAUAAUACCGAGAGGGCUACAGUUAUUUUAAAAAGAGUUAUUCAAAACUUACAAACAGAAGAUGUUCAACACUACGACUUAUUAAAGAAAUCAUAUAUUGAUUUAGUUUUGAAAUACUUAAAGGAAAAUUUAGUUCGAUUUCAGAAUAUCAUCAACCAAAAAAAUAUACAAAUAAUUCAGCUAAUAGAAGAAUUUGAAAUCAAUGAUUAUCUUCAUGAAGAGUUAUUGGAUAAUUUAAUCACAAGAAAACAAGGCUAA